AUGGAUCAUACAAGAGAUCCAUGUCCUUGGGUGGCGUUAAAUGAUUUUGGAGGCGCUUUCUGUAUGGGGGCUAUAGGUGGUGCAGUAUGGCAUGGUGUGAAAGGGUUUCGAAAUUCACCAUAUGGCGAACGAAGAAUUGGGGCCAUAACAGCAAUUAAAGCACGCGCGCCAGUGCUGGGUGGCAAUUUUGGUGUCUGGGGCGGCCUAUUCUCAACCUUUGAUUGUGCAGUCAAGGGUAUAAGGAAGAAAGAGGAUCCAUACAACGCCAAGCCACAUACUGAUUGGGGUAAAGUUAUCGCGGGAUUCUUCACAGGAGGUGCCUUGGCCGUAAGAGGUGGAUUUAAAGCUGCGAGAAAUUCCGCUAUAGGAUGUGCUUGCUUACUAGCCGUUAUAGAGGGCGUUGGAAUUGGCUUUCAGAGAAUGAUGGCAGAGAAUACAAAAUUAGUUGUUCCUCAACCACCUCCGUCCGAAGUAACAGCUAGCAAUCUAUCAGCUAUAUCUACAGCUUAA